AUGUCUGACGAUGAAGUCGACCACGAACUCGUGGCUCUGCUACGAGCAAAAUUCGGGAUGAACGGAUCAGAUCCAAAUGCACCUCCAGAGACAAAGGUGCUUCAGAACGCAGAAUUCAUUGUCGACAACAGCACUGAUGUGGCCUUGGACAUGCGAUACACAAAACUUGCUGCCAUAGCUGUUCACGAGGAAAUGCAGAAACGAGAUUAUAGUACAAAAGCAUGGGCCGAACAUGAACUGCAUCCGAAAUCGAAGGAUGAAAGCACUGCAAACUUCAUCUUCACCAUGGAUCUACUUAAUUUCAGCUUCUGGAGCGAAAAGAAAGAGGAGGAACGUUUUGCUGUCGAGUACAAAGGCAAAAGGUGGACAGGCUAUUGGAGUCUGGUCGCUGCGCUGCAGAGAGCACUGGAUGAUGAUAUCCCGAUCACCAGCCCUCAGUUCUGGGUUGAUGAGGAGAAGUGCACCGAGGAGGUCCUGCGAAAUGUCUUCCGGUCUGAGACGGAGGAAGAGAUGCCCAUGUUCGACCAGCGCGUGCAGUGUUUGAGAGAAGCAGGUCUUAUAUUGGAAGAUGACUUUGACUCUAGCGUUGCCACACUUAUAGAAGAUGCCAAAGGCUCGGCGGCAGGUCUAGUCAACCUAUUAGCGGAACGAUUCAACUGUUUUAGAGAUGAAGGAACUUUCGAGCGAAAGAAAGUCCGAUUUCUCAAACGAGCCCAAAUUUUCGUCGCUGAUAUAUGGGCUGCGUUUGACGGCGAAGGCUAUGGCUCGUUCAACGAUAUUGACAAAAUCACGAUGUUCGCCGACUAUCGCGUUCCCCAGAUGCUCCAUUCGUUCGGCGUUAUAUCUUACUGUCCCCCGUUGGAUGCGCACAUACGACGUGGGGAUAUUAUCAACUCUGGCCACACUUGGGAACUCCAGAUCCGCGGGUGUAGCAUCUGGGCUAUCGAACUUCUUCGUCGAGAGAUUCUCAAACUGCAGCCUGAUUCGAGGGUGAACGCUAUUCUAAUUGACUUUUUUCUCUAUGACUUGGCCAAGGAGAAGGAGAAGGCGGGCGAAGAAGCAAUUCCACAUCACAGAACCCGUAGUAUCUGGUAUUGA